UAAAAAUAAAAUAAAAUAAUAAUAAUAGAAGAAUUGCACUCUGCAAAAGGGAAAGAAGAAAAAGAGAGAGAACCACCCACUUUCACUGAUCCUUACAAACCGGCAUAAUCCAUUUCCACCCAAAUCGCUACCUACUACAAUUCAUCGCUACCAGUUUUGUUCCAAAACACAGUAUAGAGUUCGAUUCGUACAUUUCCAAAUUUUCAUUGACAUUCUGUUAUUUGAAUAACAAAGGAUCAUGCUAUUGGCUUAGUGCAACUACAAGUCUUGUUAUAAGGGACCUCUUAACGGUUUCAUGUCUUGUAAUAGGAAUAUUCCAGCUAAGGUAAACAACAUGGAGGAUAUUCAAUUGAAUAUUGAUUGGGACGAUGUUGUUUGUCCAAUAUGCUUGGAUAUUCCUCAUAAUAGUGUGCUCCUUCAGUGUUCAUCGUAUGAUAAAGGGUGCCGUGCUUUAGUAUGUGACACAAAUCAGUUGCAUUCAAAUUGUUUGGAUCGUUUUAAAACUGCAUGUGGCGCACCAUCGUCUUCCGUGUCUGAUACAACUUUAGUUGAAAAUAGCGAGCCCGUGGUACCGGAUAGUCAAUGCAAUCUAACUUGCCCUUUGUGUAGAGGUCAGGUAACUGGGUGGAUUAUCGUCGAUAAAGCUCGCAUGCAUCUUGAUGAGAAGAAGCGUUGUUGUGAUGAGGUGAAAUGUAAAUUCAUGGGUAGUUACUUGGAGAUACAAAAGCAUGCUCAACUUGAACACCCUCAUGCAUGUCCAUCGAAAAUCGAUCCCGCUCGAGUGCUCGAUUGGGAGAACUUUCAGCAGUCCUCGGAGAUCAUCGAUGUUUUGAGCACUAUCCAUUCGGAAACUCCACGUGGGAUGGUUUUGGGAGAUUAUGUGAUUGAAUAUGGAGAUGAUGAUGGUAGAGACGAGUACGACGACUUCCCUGGUGAUGACGGAAACUGGUGGACCUCUUGUAUCUUAUAUCAGGUCUUCGACAACUUCAGAAGUUCUAGGAAUAGAAGAAGAACAAGAAACAGUGAUGCACAAAGGGCUAAUCGUCGUUUAAGUUAUGACACUUCAAAUUCUGAUGAAGGUUCUAUAGCAUCUGGGGAUUACGGUGAUGUUAUCGUAGACGAGAUUCAGUUCGAGGUUGUGGACACAAGUGGCUCCUCUAGGCGUAACAGUAAUUAUCGCAGAUCACGGAGACGUCAGUCCCGCUUUCUAGACAUUUAGGUUUUCUGGCAACAUGAAUGAAUGCAAGAGCAGAAUGAGGAAAGGACAAACUUUGAAGAACCCAUCCAUGCAAAAUUCACAUGUUGAUCGACUAUUGCACUUGUAAUGAGAUGUGUUGAUUAGAAGAUUUUAUGAACUAGACAUUUCCAUUUGGUCACAUACUCAUUUUUCUUUUAUUUAUGGAUUAGUUUUAAAAUCACAUUCACUUAUCAAAACUAAGUGAAGAAAGUAUGCUAGCUUUUAGUCUGCCCUAUUAUUUACUCAUGGGCAACCGAUUUCGCCGCGAGCAUUGCUCUGCAUACUUAUGCAAUAAUGGUUAUUUUAAAUCUGAUUUGUUAA